AUGGAGUCUCUAGAUUGCGUUGUCGUUGGCGCAGGAUGGUACGGGCUGGGGGCCGCAAAGCAGUACCAAUUCAUUCAUCCUGAUGAUUCUCUUGCCAUCUUCGAGUCUCAAUCCUCGCCCGGCGGAACAUGGGCAGACGAACGACUCUACCCGGGCCUAAAGAGCAACAAUCAGCUUGGCACAUACGAGUAUCCAGACUUUCCCAUGAGCAGCGAACGAUUCAAGAUCAAGAGCCGAGAGCACAUUCCGGGUGAAAUCGUGAACGCCUACUUGAAAGCGUACGCUGCCAACUUUGGCAUCGACCGGCUCAUUCGUCUCAGCACAAAGGUUCUCGCUGCACAGCAUCAAGACGAUGGCGGCGGGUGGAUACUGACGAUCAAUCAAACUGGCCAUCCCGGUAAAGAAUCCAAGGUCUUUACUCGUCGGCUCAUCAUCGCGACUGGACUUACAUCUGAAGCCUUUCUGCCUCACUUCGACGGCCAGGAGACAUUUGGCCGCAGAAUAUUUCACGGCAAACACUUUCUGCAGAAUAGAGACACACUGGAGACUGCGAGGACAGCGACGGUAUUUGGCUCGAACAAGUUUGCCUGGGAUGCCGUUUACUCGUACGCCCAAGCCGGUGCCCAAGUCCGUUGGAUUAUUCGAUCGUCUGGUCACGGUCCCUGCUGGAUGUCGCCCUCCCAUGUCACGCCCCUACGAAAGUGGAUUGAGAAGCUGGCGAACGUUCGGUUCUUGACCUGGUUUAGCCCGUGCAUAUGGGGUCAUGUCGACGGAUAUGCCGUCGUCCGACGCUUCCUUCAUGGUACACGCAUCGGCCGCGCCAUUGUCAACGGCUUCUGGAGCAUCCUGGGCGGCGAUGUCAUGCGGCUGAACGGUUACGACUCCCACCCAGAGACCGCAAAGCUCAAGCCGUGGGUUCCGGUCAUGUAUACUGGGACGAGCUUCAGCAUCUUCAACUACGACACCGACUUUCUCGAUCUCAUCCGAUCCGGCAGAGUCCGCAUUCACAUUGGCGAAAUUGAUCACCUCUCCUCGGGCAAGGUGCAUCUGGCCGACGGAACCGAGUUUGAGACCGACGUGCUGCUAGCCCACACCGGUUGGAAGCAAGCUCCCCCUGUGCAGUUUUCCCCCCAUGGCAUCGACCGGGAGCUCGGCAUUCCGCACCUACAGAGGGACGAGGACUCAAACCUCCCCAACGACCUUGCGAACCAGACAGCUAUUCUGGAGGAGGCUGACGCAGAUAUCUUGGCGCGUUUCCCCCGCCUCAAGAAUCCACCUGUCUGGAACAGAAGUUAUGUCCCGCUCACGGAGCAGAAGGGAAUCAGUACGCGUCCGGAGGAGCAAGCCGCGACGCCGUACAACGGCGGCCUCACAUCGUACAUGCUCUACCGCUUCCUCGUGCCAUCCUCUGAAAGGCUCCUGCAGCAUCGUGACGUCGCCUUUGCGGGCAUGGUGGGCAACUUCAGCAACACACUCACCGCUCACCUCCAGGGUCUCUGGAUCGGUGCCUAUUUUGCCGGCCUCCUUCAGAACGACCCGGCAGCGGCGGUCGGUAAAGAGAAAUUGAUGCAGGAGCUGCAGUACGAAACAGUCCUCCACAAUCGAUUUGGCAAGUGGCGUUGCCCUGUUGAUUGGGGAAACAAGGCCCCUUCGUUCAUCUUUGACGCCGUUCCCUAUCUCGACUUGCUGCAGAGGGACAUGGGGUUGAAUCCUCAUCGCAAAAAGGGGGGAUAUCUCGAUGAGAUUUUCAGCCCAUACGGCGCCGAAGACUACCGCGACGUCAACGAAGAGUGGAAGACGAGGAUUUACGGAGCCAACAUAACAUAA